GUACCCCAGCCCCACCUUGCAGUUGGGUGUGUGCAUUUAAUUUGUCUACAAUUUCAUUUGUUUAUACACAAUAUCAACACAUUUUCUUCAACUCAAUUCAUUUACUGAAGUCUCAAAUCCAAUAUGCAUAAUUUGGGCAAACAGCAAUCGCAGGAUACGACCGACAAUGGCGUGGAGAAGGGCGAUUAUCCGCGUGCGACGAAUGGCGUCGUGUUUGGCUCGAUUGUGACAUAUGCCAGCUUCUUUGUGAUGAUUAUGUCCUUCAGCUCGCCUUAUUGGAUUGAAUCGUACGAGGAGACGCACAGCAGCUUCAAGAACAUGGGACUCUGGCAGUAUUGCUUCAAGGAUUUCGUUUAUCCCAAAUACCACAAUCCCAAACAAUUCACCGGCUGCCACAACAUAUUCUCCCACGAAUAUUAUGUUAUACGCGAAUAUCUGUUGCCUGGCUGGCUGAUGGCUGUGCAAGGCUUUGUCACCAUGGCCUUCAUCAGUGUCUUCUGUGUGCUGGCCCUGCUCUCGCUGACCAUCAUUCGCUUGCCGUUGAAGGCAGUGCUCCAAUACGAAUGGCUGCUCGUGCGUCUCGCCUUCAUUGGCACCGCCGUCUCAUCUGUCUUCAUGUUCUUGGCCGUGUGCAUCUUUGGUGGCUGUGCCUAUCGUCGCGACUGGCUCAUGUAUCCCAAAUUCAAUGUGCUUGGCUGGUCCUAUGCCCUCGCCGUUGUCACUUCCAUCCUGUUGGCCCUGGCUGCUCUCAUUUUGCAUCGUGAGUCGCGUCAUGCUUACGAGGCACGUGGCGAGCAAAAGAAUCUGGUGAUGCAGAUGGAAAUGCAAGAGCCAGGCUAUCAGCCACCGCGUCAUCAUCACAGUCAAUCGCGCAGUCUUCAGGGCUACAUAUAAAAAGCAGCAACCACAACAGCAAUCAAGAGGAACAAAGACAAAAAUCCAAUUAACGUACACACUUUAGGCACCUUUGAACUUCAAUUAAUUCCAGACAAUAUUUUCGCAAUGUUUGCCGUCCACUUUUGACUAUGAAUCUCUAUAUACAUAUAACUUUUUUUUCUAUUUGUUUGUUAAGUAUGUACUCGUAAUUAGUGCCUUUUGAAUUUGUAGUGCAAAAUUUUAAUACUUAUACUCUUUACUUUACUAUUUAUACAAUCUCAAUCUCUCAACACGCAUUCGAAGAAACUAAAAUUAUUCAGUCUCCUUUUGGGGACAUCAGACACAAAACUGAAUGUUACAACAAAAAAGCAUUUUGCAUAUCGAAUAUACACAUAAUAUACACCAUAGAUAUAAACAAAAAACAAA